GUGAAAUCCCUUCAUACCAGUCUCACCGAGAGUGAGAAGUAACUAAUCCUCUGCGACAGGCACGAGGGUCCCUGUUCCCGAAGGAAGAAAGUCCCAAAAUUUAAAAACAAAAGAAGAAUUAAACUUGAUGGAAACCAUUGUUGCUUUCUCAAAAGCAAUCGGACCCCAAGCUCAAGGACUAGCUGGGCAUUUCAAAACGCUCCCUUCUUCUUCCCCCUCGUUUUUCGCUUCAAGAACCUCUCAAAGUCAAACUUUCCUCAAAAUCCCCGAUUUGGGUCCCAAGAAACGCAGUUUAUCAUUAUCAUCAUCGAAAAUGGCCACGCCUCUCCAAGUCUCUGCAUCUUCCACCGUUGGUGCAACACAUGACGAAUUGAAGGUUUCUUCUGCUCGUUUGGUUGGAGAGAACGACUUGUUGAUUGUUGGGCCAGGAGUUCUUGGUCGCUUAGUCGCUCAAAAAUGGCGGGAGGACCAUCCAGGUUGCCAAAUAUAUGGGCAAACUGUGACUGCUGAUCAUCAUGAGGAGUUGGUUGAGAUGGGAAUUAAUCCUUCUUUGAAGGGUAUGGAUGCGUCCAACAAAUUUCCUUAUGUUAUAUUUUGUGCUCCUCCCUCUCGCUCUGCGGAUUAUCCUGGUGAUGUUCGGGAAGCUGGAUUGAGCUGGAAUGGUGAAGGUUCUUUUUUGUUUACCUCAAGUUCUGCACCAUAUGACUGCAAUGACAAUGGACGGUGCGAUGAGGACACUCCAGUGGUACCGGUAGGGAGAAGCCCUAGGACAGAUGUCCUCUUAAAGGCAGAAAAAGCAGUAGUGGAGUUUGGUGGCUGUGUUGUUAGAUUGGCAGGGCUUUACACAGCAGAUAGAGGUGCACAUUCUUAUUGGCUAAGCAAGGGAACUGUUGAUAGUCGUCCGGAUCACGUUUUGAAUCUAAUACAUUACGAGGAUGCAGCUUCCCUCAGUGUAGCAAUAAUGAAGAAGAGACUACGUGGCAGAAUUUUCUUGGGUUGUGAUAACCAUCCUUUAUCCAGGCAAGAAUUAAUGGACUUGGUCAAUAAUAGUGGGAAAUUCAGCAAAAAGUUCGAGGCCUUUACAGGAACAAGUGAUCCUUUGGGUAAGAAAUUAAAUAACUCAAAAACUCGUCAGGAAAUAGGCUGGGAGCCAAAAUACCCCAGUUUCGCUCAGUUCCUGGAGACCCUUUGAAACACUUCUGAUCGAUAUUCGAUCAAGCUGUAUACUUUAAAACAUAGUUGGGCCAAGGGGUAAUGCUUCAUCAUGGAGCUGCUAAAUCUCUUACAUUGAUUGACCUUCUGUUAAUACUUGUUCCAGUCAUCCCACAAAUGACUUCCAAAAUUAUUAGACUAAAGAUUGAGUUACUUGUGUGAACAUUUUUCUGUGUCUAUGUGUACAUGAAAUGAAACUGACAUCUUUUGUUUCAAAAGUCAGGCAUAUGAUUAAGACCAUGAAAUAAAAGUUUUGCUAUCUUAAAGGUUUUCUCAUACAUGCAAGGAAAUUUUUAUCUCAUGUUCAAUUUGCUCAAUUCCUAUGUGCUCAUAUUUAAAUGGGGCCAACAAUUUUUUUUUAAAGAAAGCAACCAUAUUCAUAAUCCUUAUGUGCCUUCAUAAUCAUAGAUGGAAAGUAAUUAAGUGGGUUUCCUCCCUGAUAGAGACAUACUUGAGUAAAAUCUAAUCAUGAAUUUACUUAACAAGCAUGCUUGAGUUCAUGAUAUUGCUUCUAAGAUUUACUGAUGUAGGUGCAUCAUAGCACUGUAGGAUUAUAAUUUGAUAGUAACCGAAUAAUUUGGUGGAGUCUUGGUGAAGACACUAAGAAAAGUCUUAAGUUUGAGUCAAUGUUCAAGGGUUCUUUUAAUAGCUCCAUUGUUUCCCUUACAAAAAUAUUAUAGAAAGACCCAUAAUGGUCAAGUUUGAUGGGCUUGUGCUUUAAGAAUUGAGCUUAAAAUGUGGUCUAAUUGCAGCAGCGCAAAAUGGUAACUUUUUGUGGGGAUAAGAUUUGGGUAUCUUUCAUAAAACAUAAACUAAACAAAAAAUUAGGCAAGUGCAUACUUAAUAAGUAUAUAAAAACAUAGGUAGUAUUCAACUGAUUGGAUCAUUUUGAAGUCUCAACUACUGACAGGGCCACCCCAACUUUAAUAUUCGACUGAGACUUAUUUUUAAGAAGUUAUGAGAUUCCCAUGUAAACAAAUUAGUUUUGGAUAAAUUGAUAUAUCAUCGUGACUGCCUCUUUCAAUCAUCAUUAAUGGUAAUUGUAUUCACCAUCUCUAUAGAGAAGACAUGUUGAUCAGUAAAAGAGGUCAAUUUACUCGAAAAAACCCACUUUUAGAAACUGUCAACUGUGGUGGUUUAGUGAAACAGGAGAAAAUAGUACAGUUCACAUGUGCAAUUGGAGGUUUUUAGAAGAAGACAAAAGAUUAAGUUGAAUGAGGACGGUUCCAAACUUUUAAAAAAAGAUUAUCAAGUCAACUGGGCUUGGUAUUGUGUGGUGCCUAGAAAUAAUGCAAAACACUUGGCCAUCUUUAUUUCAUUAGCCAAACACAAAAAGUUUCUAUUGACUUGUGUAUUGGAAAAGUCCUUUUGAAGAUGGGAAAGCUUUGUUGCGCAUCAGACGAUGAUGGAGGAAUUGAUCUCACAGGAGUUCUCAUAGUGAUUGUCUUAGCUCUUGCCAUCAUGGCCGUUUGCAUGCCACCACCGCAACGAGGGGUUGUCGCGGUGUAUCGCUGCCGCCGGUGGUAGAUUUUCUCUCCUGUUUGUCCUCUCCUCCUUCUCCUCAACCUCCUAUUUCAGUUUCUGUAUUUUUCCUCUAGGAGAUGGUCACCAUGAAUGGACUUUUAGGCUCAAUUGGUCUGCAUAUUUUUGAGGCCUAAUUAAAGUGUUAGUACUUAUUUUUAUGUCUUUAUUUUUUAUUUUUACAAUAAUAGUCUUGAAACUUUGGAAUUA